GUUUAGAAGGUAACAUCCAGUUGCAGAUGAUGGCUCAUCGAUUUUCAAAAGAAGAACUAGAUGAGCAGUUUGAAGAGUUUCUGAAGGAGCUUUUCCAAGUCCCUAUUUCUGCCUUGACCAUCGUGCCGCUGCUUUUAUAAACACAAUGUAGAUGUUACUUAAUUGAGCAAUACAAAAUUGAGAGAAUAGAAAACCAAUAUGCCAUCUGGAUAUUAAGAUUCACAAAGAUCUUAAAGUCUCUUUCAGAUGAUUCACUUGGAAAUUCAAAAAAAAAGUCCAGCAUUCUUGAGACGUUGGGACAGCCUAGGAAAAAAGAAACGAAGAAAAAGGAUUCAGUGCCAUGGUGGAUAACUGAGGAAGAUUCAGAUGACGGUGUGCGUCUCGGAGCAAGGCUUUGUCUAAAUUCAAAAUGCUGGAAAAGUUUCAUAAGGACAAGAAAGAUUCAUACUUAAACAAAGAAGAAGGAAGCAUCACUUCUGACAGUCCAGACAAUUUGGAGGGAAUGCUUCGAUCAAGUGGAAGCAUUGUCAAAAUACAGAACACUUUGCAGCUGAUGGGAGGAACUGAUGAGAAUAUGCACGCAGAAAAGAUGCCUCUUCAGACAAGUAAUGGAUUCGCUGUCUCCUUAAGUAGAGACAGCCUGGAGACAAAUGAUUCAGUGGUAGCUUCUGGGCCUAAUCAAAGUAUCACAGGAGUUGGAUUGGAUACCCUGGAAGAACAAGAAGAAAAAGAGAUCUUUUUUGCCAAACUCGAACAGGAAGCUUCAUCAACUAUUGAUUAUUCAAGAUUAAAUAAAGAGCUGGAUUCCAAUGAUUCUGUAAUACUAGCACCGUUUGUUCGAAAUGAAGAAAGUAGAAAAGGAGAAGAGGAAGCCGCACAUGAAGAGAAAUCUGGCAGCUACAGUGAAGAUUUUGAAGAAGAAACAGAUGCUAAUCCUGGCUUUAAAGCUGAAGGAAAUCAGGAACCAAACACUGGCAUGCUGGCUAAAGUUGUAUUACUUGAUUCACAAGAUUCAACUACAGAACUUCAAAAGGCUGUUGAAACAUCAGAUGUAGCUCUAGGUGAACAUUAUCAGCCUCAAGAAGUUAGUGGAAUUGAAAUGAAUGAAGCAGGCACUUCCUAUGGACAAACUACCAGUGACACUGAAGCAUUACACCAAGCGUAUCACCACAUUGAUCAGUCUUUGGAAGACACUGAUGACCAAAAAAUACAUGAUUCUGCAAUGGCAAUCUCAAAAUGCUUAGUGGAAAGUGUUUCACAAAAUAAUGAUAUCUAUUCAAAAAACGUGUCAACCACUGAAUCAGACCUACCUACUGUGGAAGAAUUGAUGAGACCUAUUAAAGGAGACUCAUAUAAUGCCAGAGGAUUUGAUUUGAAACCUGAAAGUCCUGUGAAACAGACAGGCAGCACAGGAAAUGAACUUGUCAAUCACUUGCCCUUUAAAGAGCACCGGAAUAAUACAGGUUGGGAGACAAAUGUACUUGAAAAAUCUAACAAAGACGAGAGCAUCUUUCUGCAGAUGGGUGCAAAUAAAAGUAACCUUCAGAGGGUGACUGAAAAAGAAAUUCAGACCAGUGAAGUUCAGCCUGAUGUACUAAAUGAAAAGAUUGUAGAAGACUGUCUGCUUUCACAAGGCAGCAAAACUAACCAGGCUAUUCAGUCGCAUUCCAUGAAGAAUGAAAGAUCAGAGUCAAUGACAACUAAGCAAAUGUUGUACAAGAAUAACAGAAGUGCAGCACCUUUACAUAAAAAGAAGUCUUUGCAUGGUCCUCAAGGAGUGGUUAGAAGUUCUGGGUAUGGGAAAUCCACUUCACACUCAAAACAGUCUUUUCCAGCUACUGAAAGGAAAAUGCCAAAAGAAACUUUCAAGAAAAACACUGUGAAAGCAAGAAGUCCUUCAGACAGGGCCAAAUCUAAAGAAGUCUUAUUUGCUACAAGGAUAGUAAGAUCUGCAACAAAUGAACCACCUUCUAAGGAGGAUAUUAACAGAGUUAUGCCUGGACAAUCAGUUGUUCCUAACGUUGGGCACCAGGUUGGGGAUUCUUGCAGACAGUAUCAGCAACAUUUGCCAUUUUCUCCUGUCAAAAGUUGUGAGAGAGAAAUAUAUUUGCUAAGACGAGCACAAGUUGCUGAGGAGGACCUGAACAGAGCUCGUGAUUUGAUUCAACAACUAACCAGCACAGUUUCACAAAAGGAGAAAGAAAUGGAGACAAAGAUACUGGAAUUGAAAACACAGCAUGAAAAAGAGCUUUCUCAGUGGGGUCAGGAAAACUAUGUUCUUCAGAGCAAGUUGAGAAGCAUGGAAGAGCUGACUAAAGAAAAGAGGUGGAUCCAUCAUACAGCAACAGUUCCUGUCACUGAAGAAAAACUGUCACAAAUACAAAAAGAAAUUGAAGAUCAAGAGGUCAUUAUUCAAGGUUAUCAGCAGGAAAAUGAGAAGUUGUACAAACAAAUGAAAGAGCUGCAAAUCCAAAACAAAAAAAAUGAAGAACAAAUGUUUAAGGAAAAUCAGUGUUUAAUGUCUGAGUUAAUAGUCCUAAGAGAAAAGAUAGAAAAAAUUAAUAUCCAGUCACGAAUUGUGAAGGAUUCUGAACCAGGCAGGAAUCAAAGUUUCACAGAACUGAUUUCAGAACUUCGAGCAGCACAGAAGGAAGAAAAUAAAUUACAAGAAGAGAUAAAACGUCUUAAACAAGAUAAACAAGCUCUUGAGGUAGACUUGGGACUAGCAAAGAAAGAGAGAGAUUUAGCAAAAGUCCAAAUUGCAUCCACAUCAGGUGAGAAGUCUUACGAAUUUAAAGUUAUGGAAGAAUCAUACAAACAGGAAAUUCUUAAUUUAAAAAGAAGACUUCAGUGGUAUGCAGAAAAUCAGGAUCUUCUAGAUAAAGAUGCAGCCCGUCUUAAAGAUGCAAGAGAAGAAAUUGAGAAACUAAAACUAGAGGUCGAGAAGCUCAGAGCUGAAGCUGGAGACCAGUGUGUGCAACAGAAGAAACGUCUGAAAGACAGAGCAGCAGAUGCUAAAAGAAUUCAGGACCUUGAGCGACAAAUCAAAGAAAUGGAAGGCAUUCUAAAAAGAAGGUAUCCAAAUUCUUUGCCUGCUUUGAUGUUCGCUGCUGCUGCUGCUGAGAAAACUAAUGAUCUUUCAGCUAAAACAAACACGAUUGAUUUUUUGGAGAGAAGAAUAAAAAAGUUAGAAACAGAACUUGAGGGUAAAGAUGAUGAAGCUAAAAAAAGUCUCCGUGCCAUGGAACAACAGUUUCAAAAAAUAAAGAUACAGUAUGAGCAAAGACUUGCAGAGCUUGAGCAGCUGCUUGCCUACAAAUUCAUGAGUCAAUUGCCAAAACCAAAUGCUGAUAAAGCCAAUUCUACUGAACUUGAAGAGGAGCUUCAGAAUCUGAAGAAAACCCAUCAGAUCACCGUUAAAAACCUUGAGACAGAAAUUGAAAACCUCAAGAGUCAAAAUUCCCAAUUAAAGUUCAGAAGUAAAAAGGAUAACAAAGACUUAAAAUUAACAGACUCUCAAAUGAAAGAAGGUAACAUAAAAGACAGACUGUUAAAACUAAAUCAAGAACUGGUCACAAAAAAUAAAGAAAUAAGAGACCUUACAAAAACUGUAGAGAAACUUCAAAAAGAAAGGAUGAUGAUGUUGUCUGAUGAUAAUUUGAGAAAUAAAGCUGAUAAUAAGGAAAACUCUCAAGAGAUCUUGAAAAAGAAUACCUUAGCAACAGAUGAAAGGAAUUCCAGCAACAGUGAACCCUUUCUGGGCAUUUUUCAUGAUGACAGAAUAUACCAACCUCAUAUCUUUUCUGGUCCUAAUAUCUCAGAAGUUCUGCAAGAAAAUGCACAGUUGAAGGAGGAGCUAGAAAAAUUGUCUCUAGAAAUGAACCAGCAGAGGGUGAAGUCUCAAGCAACACUGGCUUAUUCUGAAAAUAAUAUACGAAGGAUACAGGAAGACACAGCAGAAUACAUCGCGUCUCUGAAAGCUUCCCAUCAGAGAGAAGUAGAGAACAUCCUUUGCCAGUACGCAAAGGAGCAUUCUGCUUCCAAAGUAGCUGAACUUAACAGCAGAAUUUCAACACAAGAGAUAUUAAUAAAACAUCUCCAAGAACAAAUCAGUGAACACCAGAGACAUCAGGAAGCCCUUCUAGUUUCACAAAUGCGAGAGGAAUUCCUACAAAAAGAGGUGGCAAAAUUAUUGGAAGAACUGAGAGAGGCAAAGGAGAGCCAGAGUCCUGAAAUGAAGCAUUUCUUGUGUCUGGAAAAGAAAAUCAAGCAUAUAGAGACCAGACAUGCAGAAAGAGAACAAAAACUUCAAAAGGCAACACAACUAACGCAACAUAUUACUGAAGCAAGGCAAACCCACGAAGCUGAGAAGUGGAGAACGCUUGCACAACGGAAGAAUCAAGAACUGGAGAAAUUUCGAGUGGAAUUGGAUUCAAUUUUAGAUGUUUUACGAGAACUGCAGAAACAAGGCGUUGUUAUUCCAGCACCUAACUCCAGUGGAUUCAGUGUAACAGAUAACUGCUGGAAGACGUGAGCAGAUAAAAUUCUGCUUGUGUAAUGAACUUACAGUGUUCAGUUAUAUAUGUGCAUAUAAGAAAUGUUAUGGGAAAUCACUGAUGUAAUGCUUGUGCAUUGAAUUACAUUGAUCUUAUCUGAAAUCUUGCUGCUUCAAAGGCAGAGCAUUAAGCUAUACUGCAGUCAAAGUGUGUCAUAUUUUGUUAGUAAUAAAGUUCACGCAUUAUUUUUUUAAAAUAAGAGGAACUUUGAGGUUAUUCUGUCAAAAGAUUCCACGUGACUUUUUCAGAUGCUAUAGACCGUUCCUGAAUAUUCUUAGUGCCUGUAUUUUUAGUGCAUAGUGUUACCAAUAGUUUUCAUGCAGUAGGGCGUGGGAUCUUCUUCCACCAUUUUGCUUCUCCCCCUCUAACUUACAAAACUUUCCAGUUUCUUUAAGAUCCCUUUCAAGUUUUUAAAUGCUUGAAGUGUUGGAGCAGAGCAGUCAUUUUCCGUUGCCAUUCUGCUGAAGUGGUAGAUGACACAGCAGGAAAGAAGCUGAAUGCUGGAGAUACCACUACACCUAUCCUGUUGACGUGCACACAGCUACAUGUACUUACUGCCUGUAAAAUAGGGGCUAGUGUAGGAGGCCUUCCUGCUGCAUCACUAGUGUGUAACACGGGCUGCCCUGCUCCAGCAGGAAACAGCUGUUACAGCUGUCAUCUGGGGGAAAAAAGAAAUCUUAUCUUGAUAAGAGGGUAG